UCGUGUUUCAUCUUUAAUCAUCAAGCUAUGCCUUUCCUCAAAACUAACAUUUGUAAAGCAGGGGAGAAUUUAUAGAAUGUUCUACAAAAUUUUACCACAGAGCACCCGGGUUUAUUCCCGGGACUUCACCUCAAGUGGGAAAUUAGGUCCUAAAAACUGCGGCGAAAACUUGGAACAAGCCAAAAAUGAGUUUCCGGUAUGUAAAUGUGGAUUCGACAUGUUGGAUGCUGGCUUUUUCAAUGACUGUAAGAAGCUUGAAAUACAAAAGGGCGCAAAAGAUUUUAACAUUCCUAUAAUAAGAUCGAACCGGAAGUUAGUUGCUACUGAGAAUGGAGGUUUGAGUGACUCGUGUCCUUUAGUUUUCAAUUCUGCAUGGAAAUCCCAAGAAGCAAAGCGAGUAACAGACAAGUUCAAUUACCCUGCAUCCUCUGGUAUUCAAAGGCCAAAAAAUGAUGAGGAUAUUGCUUUCAUGAGUGUUCUUGAACUCGGGCAACUUCUCAAGGCAAAACUGCUUACAUCCGAGGAACUCACUAGAAUUUUUCUGAACAGAUUAAAAAGGUACAGCCCUGUCCUUGAAUCUGUUAUCACAAUAACUGAAGAAUUAGCAUUUCAACAAGCAAAAGAGGCUGAUCAAGUGCUUGCAAAAGGCAAAUAUUUGGGUCCUCUUCAUGGGAUACCGUAUGGUCUAAAGGACAUUAUUGCAGUACCAGACUAUCCCACAACAUGGGGUUCCAAAUCUUUCAAAGAUCAAGUUAUUGAUGUCGAAGCUUGGGUUUAUAAGAGGCUGAAAUGUGCUGGUGCAGUUCUUGUUGCAAAAUUAGUCUCUGGUUCUUUAGCUUAUGAUGAUAUCUGGUUCGGUGGUAGAACAAGAAACCCCUGGAAUAUCGAAGAAUUUUCUACUGGUUCAUCAGCAGGGCCAGCUUCCAGCACCUCAGCAGGUCUAGUUCCAUUUGCAAUUGGUUCAGAAACUGUUGGGUCUAUUACCUACCCAGCUACUAGGUGUGGUGUUACUGCAGGUGUACUUAAAUCAAAGGGAGUGAAUAUGGUUCCAUUUAAUCUGGAUUACAGUGUUGAUAGUGCUCAAGGUAUUGUUAGCUUCACUAUGGAUGUUGACAUGCUAGCUCAUUUUGACGAGUGGCAGCGCUCGAACCAGGAUGAUGAAUUUGAAGCUCAAGACCAAUGGCCUCUUGAACUUCGUCGUGCCCGCGUAAUAUCUGCUGUAGACUAUAUUCAGGCACAGAGAGGUCGAAGCAAAUUGAUUCGGGAAGUGAAAGAGAACUUCACAGUUGAUGCAUUUAUUGGAGGUUCGGGUGACUGGGAGAAAAUUUGUGUGGGCAAUCUUGUGGGUAUGCCAGUAGUGGUGAUUCCAACAGGUUUUAAGAAGAUAUCCAAUGCACCGUCUGAUGAUACUCGCAGGAAGACAACAAUAACUACAGGCAUUUAUGCUCCUCCUGACCAUGAUCAUGUUGCUUUAGCAUUGGCAAUAGCGUAUCAGUCAGUGACCAACCAUCAUAAGCAGCGCCCUCCAAUUGACGACAUUGGACCAAAUGAUUCAAUUCCAAACCCACCCACUUCCGCUGUACCCGUGAGACAACUACGUGAUUACUAAUCUCUCAAGGGUGUUCAAUGUCACUCUGUGUUGUCCUUUUAACUUGUUAUUAUAGAUGUAUACCACUAGUUGUAGUAGUCAAAGCUGUGU